AGUUGGAUGUACGUUCGGCCAUGACGCACUUCCACCACGCCCGCAUCUAAACGCUCCCCGGUCUCACCCGGAGAUGGUCAUGGCCGAAAAACCUAAGGCGCCCGUGAAAGUGGGCUUUUACGAUAUCGAAAAGACGAUUGGUAAAGGGAAUUUCGCCGUUGUUAAGUUAGCAAGACAUCGGAUCACGAAAACAGAGGUACGUUGUCGUUCGUCAAGGACAUGCAGCAACAUAAACACUUUAAGGUGGCCAUCAAAAUAAUCGACAAGUCCCAGUUGGACUCCACAAAUUUACAAAAAGUCCACCGUGAAGUUAAAGUCCUCAAAUCUCUAGAUCAUCCUCACAUUAUUAAGUUGUAUCAGGUUAUGGAAUCUAAAAAUAUGAUUUACUUGGUGUCCGAAUAUGCAAGUAACGGAGAAAUGUUCGAUUAUAUAGCUAGGUACGGUAGAAUGAGUGAACCAAUGGCAAGACGGAAGUUCUGGCAGAUUUUGUCCGCUGUCGAAUACUGCCACAACCGACACAUAGUUCAUCGGGAUUUGAAGGCAGAAAACUUAUUAUUAGACGUCAAUAUGAAUAUGAAAAUCGCCGAUUGGGGUUUCAGUAACUACUACACCCCAGCCGACACCCUAAAUACCUGGUGUGGGUCGCCGCCGUAUGCUGCUCCCGAGGUGUUCGAGGGAAAGAAAUACAUCGGCCCCGAAAUCGAUAUUUGGAGCCUGGGCGUCGUUCUGUACGUCUUGGUGUGUGGAGCGCUUCCCUUUGACGGUCCCACUCUUCCAGCACUUCGGGAUCGAGUCCUCUCCGGCCGUUUCAGAAUACCUUACUUCAUGUCUUCAGACUGCGAACAGCUAGUGAGAAAAAUGCUUGUCCUUGAUCCAACGAAAAGGUACACAGUAGAGCAGAUCAAACGACAUCGGUGGAUGCAGGCCGAAGAACCUCCAAGAGUAGCCUUCGAUCCACCAACUGUCAGGGCAGAGCGAACUACGGAUCCUAAUGACCAGGUUCUCAGGGUCAUGCAAGAAUUAGGCAUAGAUGUAGCACGAACUAGAGAGAGCUUGCUGAGUGAAGCAUAUGACAAUUACACAGCCAUCUAUUUAUUGCUGUUAGAGAGACUGAAGCAACAUCGAUCUUCUUUACAAUCCGAUAAACAUGCUGGACUAGAUCAGCAAAGACGAAGACCAUCUAGUGUGGCAGAGGCAGCUAUGCGAAAAAUGUGUGCUGUGAUGCCUUCAGGGAAGGGUUCUCCUACAUCAUCUCACAUCCACACGUCUCAGCUCUCAGGUUUUUCAGGUAGCACACUUGGAGGAAUUAUUUCUGCAUCCCAUCCAGAGGCAAUGUCAGCUGGUGGCCUUAAUCCUUUGAUAAGUCAAGAAACAUUCAUGGCAAGACCACCUGGUCAUACAGGAAGAAUGUUGCCAGCAAUACCUGUUGAGCAAACUAACUUGGCCAUAAGUUGUAUAUCCAGUUUCCCCACUAGUGUAACACAUGGAAACUUUGCCACCUCUGCAUCUGAAGUAGAAACAGUGACAACCAACAUAAUACCCCAUGUGUCACCUCCCUUUAGAGAACAAAGCCAGGACCUUACUGUAGAAUAUACUCAGAGUCAUCAAGGCAUUAUUCCCACAAGUGGAACAAUACAAACAGCACUUGUUGGUAAGAGUUAUCGUGACAAUGAAAGUGGUGCCUCUACAUCCAUUGAUGAAGGUGUUGAAGCUGAUAUGUGUGAUUCUGAAUGUAGCUCUCUCGUGGGAAUGACUCGAAGUGGUCACUGCACACUGCAGAGCAUCAAAAGUGCCUCACAGCAAUCUUCUGAAACUUCACAAUGUACAGAUUCUCCUUUAGGUAGUGUCACUAGCACGGAGUCAACUUUUGAAAGUUUUGAGUCACAACUUGAGCCAGAUUUAGGGGCUUCUUUAUCAUCUUGUUCACAUGUGUCUCUUUCUUCAAGGCCAUUAUUACCACCAGGAAUACCAUCUCAUAUUUUGCAGCCUCAGGCACAGCUUGAGACUACACCAGAUACUCCAGAAAGGUCACAUACUAGAUCACCAGUCAACUUUCGUGAAGGUCGUCGUGCUUCUGAUGGACUGGUUACUCAAGGUGUCAUUGCAUUCCGCCAAAGAUUGAUAGAAACAGAAAAGGCUCGGGGUCUGACUGAGUUGCAUAGUGUUCAACAAGAGCACCAAGCACUUACCUCACUUUAUCAGGCAGCUGCAGUCACAGGAAGUGAAGAUACUGCUGUAAGAUAUCAAAGUCUCCAACAGCAACAGCAACAAUAUAGUCGCCAGUGGAGACAUUCCUAUGCAGGAUCAGAUGAAAUGAGCAGAGCUCCUCUAGUUAGGCAAAGAAUCUCUUUGCCUGAUACUCUUAGUUCCACAACCCAAAAACUUCUUGCCAAAGAAACUGCCAAAGACACUGAAUACUCUAUAACAAAGCCUUUACAACAACAGCUUUUUCAACAUAGACUUCAACAAAAACGUCAGAUUUUACAGAAACAGGCGGCAUAUCCUAGACAGUCCUACCCUGGAGGUUGUGAACUUUCUAGGAGACAAAUGGUCCGUCAAGCAUCUUAUAAAUUAGCUCAGCAACAGCCUGUGUUACCUCCGCUUCCAGUUGAGCUUAGUGCUGCCCAUUUAUUGGCUGGAUUAAACCAAGCUGAUCUUGCUUGUCCAACUAUUGCUGAACAUGUUGCUGACCAAGAGGAAGAGGAUCUGGACGUUAAUCCAGCAUGGAGAAAUUUGGCUUCUUGGGGUACAGAUGCUACAGCAGCAACAUGGCAUAUGCUUCCAUCCUCACUGGCUGCAUGUCAGAUCACUGAAGCUCAGCAGCAGCCUCAGACUCAAGUAUCAGUUGCAGAGACUCGGACUUGGAGUGGUCUUCAAGCCUGGCAUGGCGGAUGGCAUCAGAGUGGAGCAGUUGGAGCAGCUCCGUGGCAGCCUGUUGUGGGAACAAGUAUAUUACCACAAACUGUCUGUGAAAGCCCUAUUUUAGAAAUGCCUGAACAUAUGGAAACCUGAGGUACUGAGUGAUUCAGGUGUAUUGAUUAGUGUAACUACUUGAUAAAACUAGCCAGACUAUAGUCUGUUAUGGCACACAAAUAGAGCUUUUAUGUUAAAAGUAAUUACUAUUCGUGGUUUAGUUUAUUAUUAAAAGAAAACUUUUAUGAUACCAAAAAGUUGUUGCCACUUUUUGUCAAGAUUAUCUGUAUGGGUACCUAAGAAACAUACGUGAAGUGAAGUGGUUCAUGCAAACAAACCAAGAAAAGGAAAUUCCCAAAUAUAUCUCCAAAAUAUAUAAUGCAGGAAGAAAAUUAUUGUUCAUAAAACAAAAAUCUUUUCAAAUGAAAAUAUAACCUCAUAUUGUGAUAAGCAUAUCUGUAGUAUCCUGGUAAAUUUAUAUUAACAAUUCAUUGGUAAUUGGAAUUCAUAUUGGCAAGAAAAAAAAAACAGGGAGUUGGUAUAGAGAGAGACAGAAAAGUGAGAGAGAGGUUUGACUCCAUGUUUUGAAUUUUAUAUUACUAUAAAAAUAGAACUCAGGCAGCAGUGUUAACCAUUACACGUGUGUUAUCCUAUUGUGAUACAACUAUCGUUUCUUAGGAGGAUGAACAGUAUUUAUGUGACAAUAUUUUGGUAAUGUAUUGAUAAGGCAAAGAGUUUAUGCUGUUUAUGUAAUACAGAGGAUUGCAUUCCAAAAAGAGCAAAAAAAAUUCCAUUAUAGGAGGUAAGUCAAUGAUUGGAAAAAAUUUUCAGUUGUAGCAUCAUUAGUUUUAAUAGGGCAAAAUACAGUAUUAUGGCAGAAUCUAAAAUUUUAUGUUUAUCUAAUAAAAGAAGGGUAAUACUAUUGAUCUGAAUUAUUAGGGUAAUACAUAUAUGU